AUGAAGACCACCUUCGCUAUUUCCGCCCUUUCCAUCGCCUCUCUGGCCUCUGCUCGCUCCAUCAAUAAGGCUCGCACAUCCGAGGUAGCAGCACCCAAGCAAGCCUUUGAGCUCGAUGUCACCACCACCCUGAAUGGCCUUCAGGACUACUACAGCCGCGAUGAUGGCUUCAUCUACGUCAAGAUCGCACAAGACGACAAUGUUGAAAGCGCCACCGUCCGCAGUGUCAACAACGAUGUCACCUGCACCAUCUCCGACAUCCGUGGCUACGCAAUCCGCUCAUUCGGCGGCCAAUUCCCAGACACCUACGAGCGCCAGCCAUGGGAGAACGACCACGCCGACAGUAUCGGCUGCUUUUUUCCCGGCGAGUCUCAAGCAGACUAUGCCGACAAGAUCACACGGCGCCAGGAGCCAGCUCCGCCUUCUUCCGCCCAACACCAGGCUUUUGAAAUGGACCUGACGUACGCAACCGCCGGCGUCCAGGACUUCUACAGCCGUGAGGACGGUUUCAUCGAGGCGGCCGUCAUUCCCGGCGACAAGCUCGUGGGUGCCGUCGUGCGCAGCAUUGCCGGCGACGUUGUCUGCACCAUCACCGAUGCCGACGGCUACCAGGUCCGCAAGUUUGGUGGCGAGCACCCCCAGAGCAUUGAGCUGUCUGAGUAUGAGGGUGUGAAGGCCGCAAAUGUGGGCUGCUAUUUCCCCGGCGAGGGUCCGGCUGCCUACUAG